AGUCAUCAAAAGAGAUGACUAGGUCCUGGGUUGGAGAUUGAUCUCCAGGAAUGAGUAACAGUUCUGUCUUGCAGGGAUUGAGUUUUAGAUGAUGAGCUGACAUCCAUAGUGAGAUAUCUCGCAGACAUGCUGAGACGCGAACUGAGACUUGUGUGUCUGAAGGAGGAAAUGACAGAAUGGGCUGAGUAUAAUCUGCAUAGGAGUGGUAGGAGAAGCCAUAGGAGGCUAUGACUUUACCUAGAGAGCGGGUGUAGAUAGAGAAAAGAAGCGGGCCAAGUACAGAGCCCUGAGGAACACCGGUUGAGAGAGUGCAUGGAGGGGACAUAGAUCAAGAAGAAUGAGGACCGAUGACAGUUUGGCUGCAUGAAGCUUCUCAGUAACCAACACAAGAGCUGUUUCUGUAGAAUGUGCUGCCUUGAAGCCAGACUGGUACGAAUCGUGGAGGUCAUUCUGAGUGAGAAAGAAGAUAGUUGGUUAUAGACAGCACUUAUAGAAUUGCUUAUAAAAUUCUGUGGUAAUUUCAAUUAUGAGCUUUUUUGUCAGAAUCUGAGAAUGGUGAUGAUGAUGAUUAUGAAAAUGUUGAGGAGAUGGAUGGAUGUCCAACAGCCAGCGUUCACACAGAUGUUUCUGAUUGUGCUGAUUGGAAAAAUAAAGAGAGAGAAUACACUUCUGAGAACAGGGCAGAAACAGACACGACCAAGGGGACGCAAAUUUAUUCACAUCCUAUUUCAGAACCAUGGGAGUUAAUAUGGAGUUGUAGUCUCCACUUUCUGCAUGUGGGAAGGCUUUUCCAUCACAUUUUGGAGUGUGUCUGAUGUAAUUGAUGUGUGUCUGAUGUCAGAAGCUGAUGGACGAGAAAAGUCAGGUCUCUGUGAAGAGCAGGCACGCGCACAGAUAGACCCCUAGUGGUGCUCAAGCACCUGCCCUUUUGCCAUGGAAGAGAAAAGUGCCCUAUCUGCUGGAGCCCAAUUUUUUUCUACAUUCAUCAUUACUUAAAAAUAAAAAUUACCCUCUCUGUCAUCUAUUCCCCCCAAAAGUGUUUUGAUAUCUGACGGGCAUUUAUUUGAGUUCUUGUGAGAAUUCUGCCUUUGCGCGCACAAGCUCCCGCCUUGCCCCUCCCUCCUCCUCCGGUUAGCACUCAUGCAGUGCUGAGUGCCAGGCCAAACCGCUGCUACACACUUCUUCUCUGACCAGCAGUAUCAGACAGACAGCAUAAUGCCAAGAAAAGAAAGGUUACAAAAGCAGAAAGAAAAGGAAACUACAGCAGCAUCUCAGGAUUUCAGUCAGUCAGUCUCACUUGAUAGAGUUAGUGAGCAGUACGCCAACGCUACAGCUUUACUGAAGAUGCAAGAAAAUGAAACUACAGAAUUGAAAUCAAGUUUGGAUAAAGUUCAAGAGAGCUACGAGAGUGCAUCAAAACAACGUGAUGGUAAAUCAUUUACCUACAAAUUAAAAUCAAGUUUGGAUAAAGUUCAAGAGAGCUACGAGAGUGUAGCAAAACAACGGGAUGGUAAAUCAUUUACUUACAAAUUAAAAUCUAAUUUGGAAAGAGUUCAAGUGAGCUACGAAGCUGCAUCAAAACAACUGGACUCAUUAAAAGCUAAAGAGCGAGAGUGUAAACAGCUGGAGGAAAAACGUCAGUGCAUGCAUGAAGUCAUUUCUAAAGAAAAGAAGAGCUGUGAGCUGUGUGAUGAAGGAUGGAGGUCUCCUGGGUUGAAGUGCUACUUUUUCUCCACUAAUAAUAUGAACUGGACAGAGAGUCGAGAUUCCUGUGUUGAGAAAGGAGAUCACCUAGUGAUCAUAACCAACCAAGCAGAGCAGGAUUUUUUAUCCUCAAAUAUUAAAGAAACUCACUGGAUGGGUCUGAAUGAUCUGGAGACGGAGGGAAAGUGGAUGUGGGUGAACAACAAGACCUUGGAUGAGACCGGUGUGAAGUUCUGGUAUACAAGGGCAGAUGAACCCAGUGAGCCUGAUAACUGGAAAGUGGAGGACUCUUCUGGAGAGAACUGUGCUAGUUUGGGGAAUGAAGUUGGUACUGCUGAUAGAUGGUUUGAUGCUUCUUGCCAUAAGAGGAAAAAGUACAUCUGUGAGAAGUAAAAAAAGAUGGAGAAAUCUUUUUUUUUUUUUAAGAGAGAAGAACACUGUCUGGUUGGUUAGAUGUUUAAACUUGGUUUGGUUAUUUUGUGUAACUCACAAAGCUGAAAAAAACCCAGCAAGCUUUAGAUUUACCUGUGAGAGAUUUUAAUACAUAUUAUAUUUUCUUUUAUUUACGCAAUGCUUGUGACUGUACUCGUGUAAGGAACAAUAAAAGUAUAACGGUU